AACGCAGAUUUGACCGGUGUGGCGUUAUGCAAUUCUGUUUCUUUGUUGGAAUCAGUUGUAAGGAAUAAGGGAACUAGGGAAGGGCAGCUUCAUUUUCCAACCAAACCUUCCAUAACCCUCUUUCACUCCUCUUCCUCUUUCCCCAAUUCCCUUACUCCAUUCCCACGCGAUUUUGAUUGAGAUAAAAGGGCUUGGUGGUCAACAGGGGAAGAGAAACUGCUGAGGCUCAGGUUCAUGGGAAAGUGCUUCUGUUUUGACAAUGACUUAUGCACUGAUAUUUCAAUGAUUACUCCCUUUGCAUUGUAAAUUUGUUCGUCUUUCAUGAUGUGGAGGUUUGCAUCAAAUGCCCUUACAUGCAUUAGGAAGAAAAGAAGCUCCAAAGAGCCAAGUCAUGAUAAUGCAGAUUGCUCGGAUGAUGAGGUCUGCUCUAAUGCCAGCAGAGAUGAAGGGCUGGAAUGCCCAAUAUGUUGGGAAUCUUUCAACAUAGUUGAGAAUGUGCCUUAUGUCUUAUGGUGUGGCCACACCCUCUGUAAAAAUUGCGUGCUAGGACUGCAAUGGGCUGUGGUGAAAUUUCCUACUCAGCAAAUCAAGAUCCCGUUCUUCAUUUCUUGUCCAUGGUGCCAUUUGUUAUCGCUCCGGUUCAUUUACAAGGGAAAUCUUAAAUAUCCUUGCAAGAACUUCUUCCUCCUGUGGAUGGUUGAGAGCCUGAAUGGUGACAGGCAUAAGCUUGUUUCUACUUGUGCGGAGAACCAACCAAUUUGGUCUCCCAAAUGCAACCUUCUGGGAAGUCAAGUUACUAAUUGUAACCUAAGAAGGGCGUCGAUAAGUCAUUGUUCUGGACAGUUGGGAUCUAACCGUGAUGUUGGUGUCAGUGAUGGAGAGACACGCUACUUCAACCUUCUUAAAUCUUUGGAUUUCUUCUUUCACUUAACAGCCAAGUUCCCAUUGGUCAUCAUUUUCCUUCUGAUUGCACUAUUUGCAAUUCCCUGCAGUGCUGUUAUUUUGGUCCUUUACUUGCUAGUCACUAUUCUUUUUGCUAUACCAUCAUUCCUCGUAUUGUACUUUGCAUAUCCUACGAUCCAGAGGCUGGUAAGAGAAAUAACUUCUUAAGAUAUAGCCCUCAGCUGACCGUUACGUCAUGUCAAUCCGACUUCAGCAAAUUCAGUAUAUAUCUUUGGAUUGAUUGUUGAACUCUGGUAAUUUCUUUGUUACUUUUAGGUUUUCAUAUUUUUAUGGUUCUAUUACCUUUGUAGUUUUUUUUUUUUUUUUGGUGCAAUUUUCAUGCUUUUAGUUGAAAAUCUUGAGAGGAACUUUAAUUUUUGGCAGUUGUAAUUUGAUUCUUAAUUCCUUUUUUUCUUU